AGGGGGUGGGCCAGUACAAAAACUGGGCCAGGACCGGAAAGCCUGCCAGUCUAACGAGUCAUGAGCUAGACACAAGGACCUGAGGGACCGACCGCUGAUCUGCUAACACUCCUUCAGAAGAGCUCCAUGUUAAAGAUUUAUUUUGCUAGAUCGGCUCUGAGUCGCUGCUCAGCUGCAUUCCAGCACUGACAGGAGCCCUGCGUGUGACGGACGGCAGCCGCAGAGCAGCAUGUCUGCGGAGGUGAAGCCGGAGAGCGUGUCGCUGGGCCCUCUGGGCCCGGCGGGCGCCCCCGGGCCGGAGCCGCUGUGCGUCCUCGGGACCGGGGACCUGGGUCGCUCCCUGGGCCAGCGGCUGCUCCGCGCCGGCUACAGGGUGGUGUACGGCAGCCGCAGACCCGGCAGCUGCGGCCCUUUGCCCGAGGGAGCUCAGGUGAUGAGUCACGCGGCUGCAGCCCAGGCGGCCCGACUGGUCUUUGUUUGCAUUCACAGAGAGAACUACGCUUUUCUGGAGGCUCUGGCGCCCGAGCUCAAGGGGAAGGUGCUGGUGGACGUCAGCAACAACCUCAAGAAGAACCUCCACCCAGAGGCCAACGCUGAGUAUCUGCAGAGGUUAGUUCCUGGAGCCCACGUGGUGAAAGCUUUCAACACCUUGUCUGCCUGGACCCUGCAGACCGGACCCUCAGACGCCAACAGACAGGUGCACCUGUGUGGCGACAGCGCCGAGGCCAAGGACGCGGUGGCGGACGUGGCCGCCAAGCUGGGCUUCGGCGCCGUGGACCGGGGCGCCGUGUCUGCAGCCAGGGAGCUGGAGGACGUCCCGCUGCAGCUCUUCCCACAGUGGAGGCUGCCGCUGCGCCUGGCCGCCGGCCUCACCGCCUUCUUCUUCCUCUACCUGCUCCUCAGGGACGUCGUCUCUAAAUACACGAGCGAGGGCAAAGACGUGUCCUUCAGAAUCAUGGUGUCGCUGGCCAACAAGGUGUUUCCCAUUGUGUCGCUCAUCAUGUUGUCCCUCUGCUAUCUGCCCGGCGUCAUGGCCGCCUUCCUGCAGCUCCACAGAGGAACCAAAUACAAGCGUUUCCCUGAGUGGCUGGACCGCUGGAUGCUGUGCAGGAAACAGCUGGGCCUGCUGGCGCUGGGCUUCGCGUCGCUGCAUGUGCUUUACACCCUCAUCAUCCCCAUAAGAUAUUAUGUCAGAUUCAGACUUUCUGCAAUUACAGUCUCAGAGAUCCGGGAGAACCGAACGGCGGCGUUCGACACCACCAUGGCCUGGCGCACCGACUCCUACUACGCCGUGGGGAUCCUGGGCUUCGGCCUGUACCUCCUGCUGGGAAUCACCUCGCUGCCCUCCGUCAGCAACGCUCUCAGCUGGAGAGAGUUCAGCUUCAUUCAGUCCAAGCUGGGCUUCCUCACCUUGCUCCUCUGCACCUUCCACACGUACCUGUACGGCUGGGACAAGUUCCUCCGCGCCUCCAGCUACAGGUGGUACACGCCGCCCGGCUACAUGCUGUGCCUGCUGCCGCCGUCCGCGGUGCUGGCGCUCAAGCUGCUGCUGCUGCUGCCCUGCGUGGACCGGAGCCUCGCCCGCAUCCGACAGGGCCGCGAGAGGGCGCGUCCGCGCGAGGACGCAGAGAAAGCGCUGUUGACGUAGGACUGUGGAGCGCACACGGGGUCAUUUGUGUUUUGGAUGACACAGGCGCUACAGGUGUACCUUUUGUUAACAGGUCAACGGUUGUAUACUAUGUAAAUGAAGAACUUGGCACCUACACACCAUCCAGCAUCUGCAUUCACUACACACAUGUACAGCAUGCGAACAUUAAGUUGAACAAUUCAGAUGCGUGUUGUUUUUACUCUCGACUUCUACUUCCUGCACUAGUGUAUUUUUCAGAUUUCACUAAACACUAAGGAAAUAACGUGAUCCAAGUGUUGUUUGUUAGACUUUAAACAUAUGAAUUAAAUGUUACAUGUAAGUAAAUACAUUUUUCAUCCUUUACUGCAUCAGUGUUAUAUAUACACUCACACUAUGUAUGUUUAUUGGAUUUACUUCCUGUACCUUGUGUUAUUUUACAUUCGAUUUUUAUACUUGUUUUUUUUUUUUUUUGCUCCUAUACAUCAAUGUAACGUCGUAUAUAAAUAUCUUGUGUUGUUCCUUAUAUAAAGCAUUGACACCUAA